GCCUCCCUCUCCCCGAUCCAGAUCCCUCCUCCGACGCCCCUCCUCCCCCAUCCCCGGCCAUCCCCCUUCCAUCACCCCUCAUGUCCCAGUCGCCGCUCUCUCUCUCUCUCUCCCUCUCGGUUCAGUGAGAUGGGAUCCACUCCCGCAGCCACCGCGCCACCCUCACACUCACCAUCGACGACCCCCGCCGCCAUCGCACACCAUAGCGCCAUCCCCUCACCCUAGCCCCAGGUCAGGCAGUGCGAGGCGGCGCUCCUAGACCCGCGAUGGCCGUCUGGGUCAUCGCCUUCGAGGACGACGAGUACGCCGACCCGGCAGUCAUCAUCGCCUCCGAGACGGACGCGUGUUGGCGGCACAUGGGGCCCACAUCAUCAUGGCCGUGCGCAACCUCGCCGCGGCAGAGGCCGUGCGCCAGGUCGUCCUUGCCGAGACCCCCGUCGCCAGCCUCAACCUGAUAGAGCUGGACCUCUCCCCACUGACCUCCAUCCGCAACUUCGCCGCCAACUUCGCCGACAGGGGCCUACCGCUGAACAUCCUCAUGACAAUUCAACAUACCCCUGCCCUUUCGGAGAGGGAAGGUUUCCCACUCAUGGACACCUAGCUGAAUGCCUGAACCUGAACCUCGUUUUUCUUCUUCUUCUUCUUCUUCUUCUUCUUCUUGGUAAUUCCUUGUUGAUUCCUUCUGGGCAUGCUAUAUUAUUGGGUGCAACAACAAAUUAUUGUCCUUGUUUUGAUUUCCUUCCUGUCAAGUUCAUCCUUUAGUGCUAGUACUAGUGGUACAUCAGUUUGAUUUAGGAAAAACACCAGCCUCUGCUUAACAUUAAAUCUAGUCAAGCAAUUGAUGCACAACAUAUUUGUUUUUGUACAACAACAAUCCGUUAAACGAUCUGGCCUGUAUACACAUGUUGAGGAAGAGAGAGAGGAUAUAUACUUGUUCUGUUGCUUCUAUAUACAUGUAUAUACGUUUAGUUAUUCAACAUGCUUCAA